CUACAAUCACCACACGGCCGCCAAAUUGAAACAGCCACCAUGUCCGCUCUACCACAUCAAACCACAGGAGUCAAAGGCGAGGCACCAUCCAACUCCGAGACCGCAGUCGGAGGCAGCGCUGGAGGCAAUCUGGUGCCUGCGCCACAGGCCGAGCCCGAGAAGCCUCAAAUCGGGUCAUCCAAAUCCACCCCGGGCAGCGCUGAAGAGGCAGCUGAGAAAUUAUACGAAGAGAGGAUGGAGGAGGAAUAUGCCAAGCGCGAAGGCGGGGCCUAGUCUCUAUACACUUACCUUACCUGCCUACCUUAUCUUGCACAAGAAGUGAAGGGAGGGGGACACGGGAAGUCAACGAAGUCAACGAACACUUACUGCUGGACUGAAAUGGCCUCUAAUUCGGCACUCACUCACUUACACUGUCGAGUCGGAGGGGAGGGGCCUUUGCCUGACUUGAGGGACGAUCCAAUACGAUACGAUUAGGUAGAAAGUUCGCCAAUCAAACUACGCUAUGGCAAUUCUUGUAACAAAACUGGAAACUAGCAGAGACAUUUUACUCCCAAAAGUGAAGGACCGACUUUGCUUAUUGAAGAUCGACAGAAUUAUACAAACAGAUUUCGGAAUACAAUUGAAUGUCGUCCUUUUUUCUUUUUUUUUUAUAAAAGAAAAACAACUCAAC